AGCUGUUGCAAUCAAAAUCUCUCUCUCUCUCUCUCUCGUUUUUCUUCUUUUCCAAUGGAAAAAGCCCAUCUUCUUCUAUUUUUUCUACUUCUGGGCUCUUCACUCCAUUUCUGCUCUGGCAGCAGCAGUAGAAAGCUCUUUUCAUUAGUAAAAGAAGCCCCUCUUGUACUGAGCUACCACAACGGUCCUCUCCUCACAGGCAAUCUCUCUCUUUCCAUUCUCUGGUACGGACGCUUCUCCCCCGCGCAGAAAUCCAUCCUCCUCGACUUCCUCACCUCCCUCAACACCAAAACCCCUCCAAAACCCUCCGUCUCCUCCUGGUGGAAAACCCUCGACUCCUACCACUCCUCAAUCCACCCCAAAACUCCCCAUAUUUACAACUCUGCCCUCCACCUCCAUAUCCACAAUCAAGCCCUCGACCCCACCUACUCUCUCGGGAAGUCACUCACCCGCGCCCAAAUCACCAAACUCGCCGAGACAGGACUCGCUCCGUCCGGCUCGGCCGUUUCCGUAGUCCUCACGUCGGAUGACGUGGCAGUGGAGGGUUUCUGCAUUGGGGGGUGCGCCCGGCACGGGUCGGUCGGACCCGAUGGCGUGUCCAUCUGGGUCGGGAACCCGGCGAGUCAGUGCCCGGGCGAGUGCGCGUGGCCGUUUCAUCAGCCCGUGUAUGGGCCUCAGGCCCCACCGCUGGUGGCCCCCAACGGAGAUGUGGGUGCCGAUGGGAUGGUGAUUGGUCUCGCCUCUGCGCUGGCCGCGGCCGUGACGAACCCGUUCCGGACCGGGUUCUUCCAGGGCCCGGCCUCCGCUCCGCUCGAGGCGGCUUCAGCGUGCACCGGGGCGUAUGGCAGCGGCGCGUACCCGGGUUACGCUGGGGAACUACUGGUGGACCCCACCACCGGCGGGAGCUAUAAUGCGCAUGGGGUGAACGGAAGGAAGUACCUGCUUCCGGCCGUGUGGGACCCACUAACUUCUAAAUGCUCCACCCUCGUGUAGUGAUGAUCAUCGGGCCCGAAAAAGUUACGAAAAUUUAAAAAAAGAAAAAGAAAAAAAAGAAAAACUGCAGCUUUGUACUGGUAUUAACUAUCUUUUUGUGGGUAUGUAUAUGGUCUGUUUUUCUUUGUACUUGUGUGACUAAAGCAGAACGUGGAUUGUGUUA